UUAUUGGCUGGAGCAGUCAAAGACAUCCUGUAACAAGUGGUGCGAAAAUGCGCUCGUUUUUACCUGCAGUGGCCGAACAACUUUUCCGAGACAUACAGAAAACAUACCAGGAGGCUUCUCAAAUUCCCAAUGACCUGCUGAUUGCGCUGAAGUUUGUCUUCGGGUCUUGUGCGUUACAGGCUUUGGAUUUGGUUGACCAGCACUCAGUCACCUGUUUGACAGCUCCCAGUGGACGCAAGGCCUUUCAGGUAACGGGAGGCUCAGGACGUUUGUACACUUGCUUCUUGUCCUGCCACUAUUGCCCAUGUCCAGCCUUUGCCUACAGUGUGCUACGUAGAAAUGACGGCCUGGUGUGCAAACAUAUCCUGGCUGUGUACCUGAGUCAGGCUAUGGCUGCGACUCAGCAGGGAAGCGUAUCUGAUCAGCAGAUGUCCCUGCUGCUCAGUGGGACGAUGGACCUGUGACUGCAGGUAGAUCGACACACCUGGCCCUGCAGAGGCAUGCGCCGGAGCACCGAGCAUCCUGGAUAGAAGCCAGUGUAGUGACAUUCAUGACACAGCAGGGAACGCUGUUAUGUCUCUCUGAAAGACCACAGAUGUUGUUUUAUUCAUCUUUUCUUUUGGAAGAGUUCUUAAUCUGUUUUCAAGGAAAUAACAUCUGUUCGCUGAAUAUGGACUGGUCUAUAUUUGGUCUCCUUUUAUCUGAAACUGUCAGUUCAUGAGGCAGCAUCUUCAUACUGAAAGCACUUAAGAAGCUUUCCAGUGUGGGAAAUUUAGACUGUCACAUGGUUUGCAAUUUUAACCUCAGAGGGGGAAAAAGCUGGCGUUUAACAAUAUAAACAUUGCCUUUAUUAACAAAAUAGUUCACCAUACAUACAGAUUUUAUCAUGUUAAAUAGCAAAGAAGAAUACCAAAGAAUGGCCUCUGGAAAACUUGAACAUCAGCUUGACCACAGAGGAAGUUUUUCCUGAUUAGUAGCAACUCUAGAGCACACUGACAGACAGGUACUUCGAAAUGAAAGGCAGGAAUGUUGAAUUCAGUCAACUUAUUUCGACUUACUGUUGAAAUUGAAAAAGAAGGCAAUAGUUUGACAUCAAUAGCUGGCUGAGAAAAGCUGAACACCUACAGUACUUUUUUUUUUCUUUUUCUUUUUCUUUUUUUUUACACACAUCAGUCAACAUAGACAGUAAUACAACGUUACAGUGCAUUUACAGUGUAGAUGUCUCCAUUGGAAUGUACUAAACGCUGCACACUCCUGUAUUUUAGCCCUUGAAUUUAGUCAGAGGUGGAUCACUACACACAAAAGCAAAUGAAGUGGGGGAGAUAAUGAAGCACUGGAGGCAGACGCUACGCUUGUUUUAACAUCAACAAAAUGUGGUUCGACACCACCAGUGAAGCACAGCUAACAGGAAAUGAUCAGAAAUGUCAGUGCAAAGCUCUCAUUUGUGUAGUGAUGGGUCUCUGUUGACCAAAACACCUGCUCAUUUUCACACAAGGUGUGAGAAUUAAAAUAAAACCGCCUGUGCUCUGGUUAACAUGCUCUUGCAUAUGCUGAGCUUUGAAAGUUACAGCAACACUUCUGUGAGGUUUGCUGCACUAUGGGCACCACUGAGAGUGUGUAACAAUUUUUUUCUCUAGUGUUACCCUAUCCUUUAUUCUUUUUUUUUUUUUUACUUCAGUUAGACUCACUCAUCGGUUUGAGAGCUCAGUUAAAAUGGCCAUGUUUACUAAAUUAAAAAGCUAAUGUCGGUGCAGUCUUGACGACUGGCUUCACUAACAGGGCCUCGGGAUUCCA